UUGACAGAUGGGAGAUAUAUCAUUUGAACAGUCUCCUCUUCAAGUGACGCUUAAAGCUUUACGGAAUCUCAGGUCAACUGUCUCAGAUGUAUUUACACAUCUUGGAUCUGGCCUUAGCAGAGUGCAUGGAGAUGAAACCCAAGAGAAGAACUUUUUGCAAGACCUGCAGCAAAUACUGCAAAAGGUUGAAGUACGACUCAGGGACUUGGAGGUAGCAGCUAAUAAUCUGAGUCCACCAGCAUCAGGGUACUUACAUCUUGGAAGCUCAGGAUAUCUUGGACAAGACCCAGCCCAUGAGAAAACUCUGCUGUUCAAUCAACUUGUACAAUCCUAUGGUUGGACUGACAAGAUCACCUUGAGCCGAGUUUUGAAGGCAAUCGUGAUCUUCAAGGGGUUGAUGAUCGAAUGGGUUGUGGUCAGAGGACUCGAGGAGCCAACGGUUGAUGAGGAUGGUCUUCUUGAUCCAUGGACACCAUCAUGUCACUUGGUUUUUCGCAAAGUCACAGACAAUGCCAAUGCUGCCAUGCUUCAUUAUUUCUCUCCUAUGAUGCCUGAGCUUGCUGUGAAGUCAUUUAUGACCUGGUUCCAUAGCUAUGUGAAGCUCUUCUCAGAUGUGUGCAAGAAGUGUCAGCGACACUUACACCACAACAUGCCUCCAACAUGGAGAGACUUCAGAGUACUUGAUCCAUACCAUGAGGAUUGCAAGCCUCUAUUGUGAUAUCCAAACAUAGUCUGAUUGGAGAGUAUUCCACAGAAAGGGUGAUGUACUCAGAGUAAGACCAUGAUAAAUUGUCAUGCAGUGACUUGAUUCCAAUCUUGUUGGAGUUCAGCUUGUGAUUCAUCACCACCCUCAGUUUUGUGCCUGGCAGCUGAAAGUUUCUUUCCAGGAAGUGAACCUUAUGCCUCAAGGAAGUAAAGGUGCAUUAGACAGCUGGUUCAAGGAAGGAUAGCUUGGCGUCAUGGUGUCAUCUACUGAAACUGGUUUCACCAGUGUUUUGUUUUGCUUCCUUUUUCUCUGUUAUAUUAGAGUGAUGCAACUUGGAGCCUUGGAUAGGCCUACCCUACCCUAGGAAACAAAUUGUCACUGAUUGGUCUCAAGUAGCACUAGUGUGCUCAUAUGAUUGAAAUGCACCA